GUUCAAGUUAGUAUGUUGAAUUUUCAAGUUAGUAUGUUGAAUUUUCAAAUUGGUAACUUGAAUUUUCAAGUUGGUAACUUGAAUUUUCAAGUUAGUAUCUUGAAUUUUCAAGUUAGUAUCUUGAAUUUUCAAGCUAGUAUGUUGAAUUUUCAAGUUAGUAUGUUGAAUUUUCAAGUUAGUAUUAACUUGAAUUUUCAAGUUAGUAUGUUGAAUUUUCAAGUUAGUAUGUUGAAUUUUCAAGUUAUUAUCUUGAAUUUUCAAGCUAGUAUGUUGAAUUUUCAAGCUAGUAUGUUGAAUUUUCAAGUUAGUAUGUUGAAUUUUCAAGUUAGUAUGUUGAAUUUUCAAGUUUGUAUGUUGAAUUUUCAAGUUACUAAAUUCAAGAUUACUAACUUGAAAAUUCAACAUACUAACUUGAAAAUUCAACUUAAUAAAUUCAACAUACUAGCUUGA